AUGGCUCUCUCCUCCGCUUCCGGCUCUCUGCUGCGCGCCUGCGCCCGCCAGCAGCUGUCCACAACUUCCCGCGCCCUCGUCGCCUCCCAGCAACGGUACAGCUCGAGCUUUGACAGCCCGUUUACCGCCAAGGACACCCUGAAGGUCCCUGAUUUCAGCAAAUACUCCUCCAAGAAGGCUCCCCGCUCUAACCAGGUCUUCUCCUACUUCGUCGCUGGUACUAUGGGUCUGGCCUCUGCCGUCGGUGCCAAGGCUACUGUUCAGGACUUCCUCGUCAACAUGUCCGCCUCCGCCGACGUCCUCGCGCAGGCCAAGGUUGAAAUCGGGCUGGCCACGAUCCCCGAGGGCAAGAAUGUCAUCAUCAAGUGGCGUGGCAAGCCCGUGUUCAUCCGUCAUCGUACCCAGGACGAGAUCAAGGAGGCUCAGGACUACGACUGGAAGUCCCUCCGUGACCCCCAGGCUGACGAGGAGCGUGUCCAGAAGGCCGAGUGGCUUGUCAUGCUUGGUGUCUGCACCCACCUUGGUUGUGUCCCCAUCGGUGAGUCCGGUGACUACGGUGGCUGGUUCUGCCCCUGCCACGGUUCGCACUACGAUAUCUCCGGCCGUAUCCGAAAGGGUCCCGCCCCUUUGAACCUCGAGGUUCCCCAGUACAACUUCCCCGACGAGGAGACCCUCAUCAUUGGUUAA